UCAUCAUUGUUGCGUUGACCUGCUUGUUCAUUGGUUAUAUCACAGGUCAUAUGACACAUGUUUACAAAAAGGCAUGAGCACCUCGUAAGAGCAGAAGAUGAGCUCUUAGUGUUCAGGAAGUGCGUAACAGGAAGUGUGCCGUUGCAAGCAGGGAGGAGGCGGAGCUUCAGCUCUCCCACGUGAAGCUACAUCACGCCGAGGGUCAGCGUCGCCUCCUCCACCAGCUCCACCUGGAGCGCCAGCGACAGAGAGUCCAGAGGGGACCAGAGGAGCGUCUCCUGAGGGAGCAGGUCUGCAGUCUGCAGGGGGAGGUGCAGACCUGCAGGCUGCAGCUCAGCCAGUCUGAGGACAGCAUGGGGGCGUUCCAUGGUCGCUGUGGUCAGUUGGAGGAGGAGCUCCGGGUCUGUGGCCAGAGGUGCCGUGAGCUGGAAGAGAACAUUUCAGCGGUUUCUGUGGAUGAAAACGUCCUCCAGCAGCAGCAGCAGGAGGAGGAGGAGGUAGUGGACUCUGUGAAGACGGACCACUCCAGGUUGAUCCGAGAUCUGAAGGAGCAAGCCACGCAGGUGGACUGUCUGCAGGAAGCUCUGAAGCGGGAACAGACCCAAGUCCUGCAGCUUCAGGAAGAGGUGGUCCGUUUGAGCCAGGAGAAGCAUGUCUACAGCCGCAUGGCCGAGCAGCUCUCCACUCAGAUCGUACAGAUGGAGGAGGAGAUGUCCGCUCUGCAAAGUCUCACUUCCAGGGUCCAGUCUGACCUGCUCCCAGACAGGCAAGAUGAUCUCAAAUCCAGUGUCGUUGAGCAGCUGAGCGAGCAACUGGAGUCCAAGACCGGGGAGCUGGUCCUGGUCAGAGGCCAGAACCUGCAGCUGCAGUUGGCCGUGCUGGACUCCCAGACCCAACUGAGGACGGCUGAGGAUGCCUUUGAGCAGGAGAAGAAGAAGAUGAGGCAGCAGCUGACUGAGAUGGAGCACUUGGUCCUGGUCCUGGAGCAGGUGAUGGACCCGGCCAGCCCACAAAGGUUUGUGGAGCAUGAGACCGCAGCUCCAAGGUCCGCGUCUAACCCUCCACGGGCCGCCGAAAUGCUCCGAUGACUAACUGCCGCGGUCAUGUGAUCACGAAGGUAGAAGUUGCUGAUGGACCGACUCUAACGCCAUCACUAACCCAAUGACCUCGCAUGGGCUUGCUUUCCGCCAUUUUCUACU